CAAUGUAGGCCACAAGAUGCCAGAACCUACUAUGCGCAAGAAAGCGGACGAGAACGGUAGAUGGCAGCACUUGCUAUGGGGUAAAGUGUCAAUACUGUCAAUGCACAUGUUUAUGUUUCCGAUUCAGGCCACAAGAUGGCAGACCCUCCAACGCGCACGGUCCCUAUCACUCUUUGAUAAUUUAACUUCUUAUCAGGUCCACAGAUCAGCAUCCUAAGGAAAACAAAGAACAUGAUUUACCCAAUGCCAAAUGGAGGAGUAUACCGCUUUGAGAACAACGAGACGGUCACACUCAACUGCGUUUUAAACUGCACUGCAUGCCCGGUUGACACAAAAUACACCUUACAUUUUUAUUUACAUGAAAACGAGGAUAACAUGAAAAGAGUGGUAGUCAAAACUGGUGCACCAGCAACGGUGACAAAAACGUUCACGCUACACGAGAACGACACAGAGAUAGUGUGCAAGAAGUUGGGACACUUCAGCAUUGAGGAUUUAAAGACACAUUCUACGGUCAAACUUCAAAUGAUAAGAAAAGAUAAAGGGACUGGACAGGCCUUUGGACUAAGUUACUUUGCGUGGCUGGCAAUAAUAAUAUCAAUUUUGCUUGUAGCCCUCAUACUUGCGGCUAUAUUUGCUUGCAUUGUUUUCAAGUCUCGGCGAAAAGGGAAAGAAUGUGAAAACGAAGGGAAAACAAACCAACCACCAAAGCCAUCAGAGAACUUAUAUCACAUGAAUGAAUCUAAAGCAACCCACACUAUGAAAAACCGACCGUUACCUCCGCGGCCAUCUGAUGCCAUAUAUGAACGUAAGUAUAUAAUAUAAACUAACAGACAGAAGGAGAGGCACAGCUAACUACUUUUGAUAUUUUAUUAUUAGUAUCUUCUACUUCUUCUUUUAAACUAUGGCUUCCAUCAAAUCCAUGACGAUUUUGCCAAUGUAAAAGUAUUAGAAGCGGGACAAGGUGGCAGAUAUUUUUCGCGCGUUGUUUUAUAUGCUAUUAUCGAUAUUUACUGUACUUACUAGAGGUAGCUACAGAAAAACAGGAAAUGGGUUUCGGAAUGUGGGUCACAAUGGAAUUAUUUCACAGUUACCUGUUGUCGCAUGUUUCCCUUACUUUGUUCGAGAAUGUUAUCAAAAUACAUCAUUCUGUUUCAGAUGCCGAUUGAAGCCGGUCAUGUAGCGUGAAGAGUUUUAGAUAAAUAUAUUAUUAUGUAACUGUCCGAAAUAAACAAAUGUUACAUUUACGUAAAUUAAUUUAAAAUACAGUUUAACACCGCUUUUCCCAUCCGUUUGUUGAGUUUUCGACCCUCCAGUAUCAUUCUCAUCGCUCAGCGAGCGUAAGGCAAGUCAUUUCUCGCUCGGGCGAAUCAAUAGAUAUAAAUAAGAUCUAACAUCCCAGAGCAAGGCUCUAAAACCGGUUAAAUUUCUAAGCCGUUUUCAUGUACUUGGCGCAAAACCUUUUAAUUUCGGUUUCGCUCGAAAAACCGUUGUUUUUAAACUGGUUUUUAUGAGAACAUUUCUUGUAGAAUUAACCGGUUUAGAGCAAUAAAAACCGGUUUCUUUUUAUGUCACACCACCCAGGCCGGCCGGCCGUUUCGUUGCUCGUCGAAUAAACCGUUUUUUUAGGUAACAAUAAAGUUCUUGAAACGUUCGCGUUUGUGUAAAAAUUCGGAGGAAAACCGAAAUAAACCGGCAUUUACCGUUAUUUUAUAAACCGGUUCCAAGCCUUGUCCCAGAGACGUAUAGAAAGACAAGACAUUUAUUCCAUAAAGCACACAUACACCGGACAAGGAGA